AUGAAGGAAGGCAACGAUGUUGCGCCGGUUAUUGAAAAUCAACCACCACAUAGCACCAACAAACCGAAGGUGGAGGAUGAAGUAAAUGAUAAACACAGCGACACUGUAAUCAAGCAUGAAUCAAAAUCACCGGUGAAUAAUUCUCAGUCAGAGGAGAGUAAUAAACUCACAAAUGACGAUCUAAUUGACUCGGACCAAACUAGAGCUCGUAUUAAAAAAUUCGUUCCAAUGGGAAUGGUAAUUGUAUUUGUGACUGUGUUAUAUGUUUUCUUCAUCACCUAUUUUGCGUGCAUUUAUCAUGGACAAAAAUCUCCAACCAUACCAUCAUUACCAUUCUGGAAAUCUACAGUUGGUUACUGGUUAGAUGUGUUUGCAUUCAAAGAUUCUUCUGGUGAUUUAGUUGGUGAUCUUAAAGGUCUCACAUCUGAAAUUGAUUAUAUCAAAACUGUAAUCGGUGCAGGUUAUGUGAUACUCGGUCCCAUCACAAAAGGCUUUUACACUAAUUCACACAAUAUGCUCGGAUUAGUGGAUGACUAUGAACAGUUAGAUGAAGCUGUUGGUACAAUGGAUGACUUUCGUGCUCUUUUGAAACAAUUUCAUGAGAAAGAUGUUAAAGUCAUCUUGACACUUGAUUUCAAUGCCAUAUCUAUCGAUCACAAAUGGAUUCAAGAGAGUAAAGUCAAAAUGAAGUCAUUCGAAGAUCCCUACAACAAUAAGAUGUCACGUUACGGCAAGCCAAUCGAUGUAGAUAUUGGUGGAAAGAAAUUCUAUUCUGUAUUCGGUGCACCAAAUGUCGAUUUGGAUCUGACUGAUCCCGAUACUCAGAAACAGAUAUUUAAUGUGAUCGACCAUUGGAUGGAAAAGGGUAUAGAUGGAAUUCUUUUGGAAAAUGCAGCAUUUUUUGUUGAAGAAGAGGAAAAUGUAAAAAGAGAGCCAAAUUCCAACUGGUUACAAAAUUGUCCAAAUUCUCAAUUGUACAGAAAUGGAAGUGUAACAUUUGUCAAAGCUGUUAAACAACAUUUGAAAAAGUGGAUUGUAAGAACUGGGAAAAAUAAAUUGUUGGCUGUAAACUCAGGUGAUACAGGUUGUGGUGUGGGUAAUAAUUCCGAUCCAAUGUUGAUGUUCAAAGAUGUGGUUGAUUUGAUAAUCAGUCGUGAAUUCGUGUUCCAAAGGGGUCAAACUGAAGGCGCGAUAUCAUAUAGCGAUACAGAUGUAAGGAAGCUUUCUUCAUAUUCACACUCGGAUAGGGCAAAGUUAGGAUUGACGACAACUACUUCAACUAAUGCACCAGUUACAGAUUUCAUUCAAAUGGCAUCAACAUUGUUAUCACAAGGAAUGCCAAUCAUUUAUUAUGCAACUGAGAUUGGUAUCACCAACUUGAAUUUAGUUCAAGUUCCAAAAACAAUUUAUCCAAAAGACAAGUCUUACAAUAAUGACGGUAAACAUCAAUCGUUACGAUCUCAUUUACCAAUGCCAUGGGAUUUAAGUGGGAAAAGGUUUUCCACAGCUAUAAAUGAUGCCAUUUUCACUGACUAUUUAAAUCUUUAUGGAAAUGUGUCUGUUGUUGAAACUGAACUUGCUGAGAGAAACAAUCAAUCAAAUAUUCGUCUCAUUCAAAAAUUGGUGGCUUUACGUCAGAAACCAAAAAAUCGAUGUAAAAUUGGUCAUUGUACAUUGAAAUACAUUACUGUAAAUCUAAACAAACACUCAGAUAUUUAUUUCAAAAUUCACAUGAAUCAAUAA